UAGGUUUUUUGUUUUUUUUUGGGGUGGGGUGAACAAGUAAUGUGAGUCUGGUAGUUAACUAGAUGUUGCACAAGAGAACGUACUUCAACAUGAAAAUGUUCGCUAUUUGUAACACUCAAACUCUUUACUUAAAUAUUCUCCGCAAAGAAAGCAAACAGUGAACACCUGAUAGCUCGCUAGAACUGAUGAGCGGAUUCCUGCAGAGUUUUGGGAAGGCCGUUUCGUGAACCCAGACAUGGCUGACAAAGUGAAAAUGUUGGGCUUACUUUUUGACAACGACCAAGGGAACGGGUACAGCUCCGGGCAGCUCGUGUCUGGGCAUGUUUUGAUCGAACUUUCAGCACCUACCAUAAUCAGAGCCAUCCGACUGUUCGCUACAGGAUGUUGUCGAGUUGGCUGGAUUGAUGGAUCACGUAGUCAACCUGCAGGUGCUCUUAACAUCGUUGCAUCCCCGUUUUUAUCCCAUUGUGGUGAAGAAAGGGAAUAUCUCUGCCUGUCAAAAACACUUCUAGAAGCAACAGGUAAUGAAGGCCUCAGCCUUGAAGCAGGACGCCAUGAAAUACCCUUUGAAUUGGAACUGCCUCAAAGACCCCUUGUUUCUUCGUUCACUGGAAAGCAUGGCAGUGUUUGCUAUUCGGUGAAGGCUGUUCUGCAGAGACCACUCCAUCAUGAUCAACAUGUUUGCAGAGAACUUCUUAUCAUCAGCCAUGUUGAUGUCAACUCUCCAGAACUGGUGUGUCCUGUGUCAGAAAGUAAUGAGAAGAUGAUUGGCUGCUGGAUCUUUGCCUCAGGUCCCGUCUCCCUGAAUGUCAACAUUGAGCGAAAAGGAUACAGCAAUGGAGAGUCAAUUCCAAUCCAUGCAGAAAUUGAGAACUGCUCCUCUCGACUGGUCAUGCCUAAAGCAGUUAUUUACCAGAUCCAGAUCUACAAAGCCAGAGGAAAAACUAUAAGAUACAAGCAAGUGGUCGCCAGUGUGAGAGGUAAUCACAUCCCGUCAGGCUGUGCUGUCACAUGGAAUGGAAAAACACUGAAGAUACCACCAGUUUCUCCAUCCAUCCUUAAUUCCGACAUUCUGAGAGUGGAAUACUCCCUAGCUGUUAUAGUUCAGAUACCAGGUGCCAGAAAACUGAACGUGGAGCUUCCCGUUGUGAUUGGCACUACUCCCUACAGUGGCUUUGGCAGUCGCAGUCUUAGCGUGAUCAGUGGGUUCAGCACAGGCUGGCUCCCGUUCACCCUCCCAGACACACCUGAAGCGCCUCCUAACUAUGCAGAUGUUGUGUCAGAAGAGGAGUUUGACCAGCACCAUCCAACUGUCUCACCUUCCCAGUGGUCACAUGAGCCGGAGAGGCAGCUGGGUAGCCAGGCCUUCGCUUACAUUCAGGAGUUCCGCUUCCAGCCACCUCCACUAUACUCAGAGGUUGACCCAAACCCAGUGGAACGUCAGUCAGUAUUUUGUCUCUGAGGGCUGCAACUAACACAAGGAUACAGUUGAUAUUCUACAUAUCUUUCCUUAUUUGGAGGAGACCAAAGAAAAAAACAGCCUGAGCCUCAGUUGCACAAUAACAAAUGAUUGUGGUGCACAGUAGUUAGGGUCCCUUCAGGUGUCAUAAAGAUGUGAUGUUUUGAGCAAGCACUUGUUUGAAAAGUGAAAACUAAGAUAAUGUGAAAAAAACCUGAAGAAUCUAAAGCGCUGUUAGAGUUUAGGAUUAGUAAUUGUGUAAGUACUGUUCAUGUGUUUAUAGCAGCUAUAGCCAACUGUAGCAGCUGUGAGCUGUGAAAGAUCACUGCAGACAUACACAUGUAUAAACAAAAGUAUGGGUUCCUGUUUACAUUUUGAAUGGUUCCAGAGCACAGUGGCUCAGUUUCCAUCAUUGUCAAAGAACAAUGGCACUUUCCAUGUUCUUCUUGUUUGUUUUUAGUUUGUUUUCUUCGUAUACCUGUUGUGUUCAGUUGACAAUGUAAACUGUGCAACAGUGCUGCUCUUUAGGUGAUUCGUAUGGAAGCAUAGAAGCACUAAAUCGAAAAGCACUUUACAAAUGUAAAUUGGCUUUUACGUUGCUUUCACCAAUUCACCCAUUUUGCCCUUCGCUUUUAGCUCACCUUUUCCCCAGUCCACUGUUAGCAUUUUCUGAUGAUGUCUUUUAGCUGAAAUGCCUUGUUGAUAUUAUCUCAGAAACUGGAAAUAUGAGCUAAGAUGGCUGCUUUGGUCAAGUUGGUAACUGUUAUAGUCAAUAUGUACUACAAUUCUCAGGUUUACUGGAUUGUAAAAGAAAGCAUUUCCAUGGUUUAGAGUCAGAAAUUGAAAGGAGAAUGAAUGUUAGUGGUUGUUAGUGGAUGAGGUUGCUUACAACACUGCACUACAGUACUGGUCACAUUUUGCCAGGAAAAAAAAAAAGAUUUAAUAGCGUUAAUAAUAACCUAAUAAUGUUUACAAAUCUCCACUGCUG